GAAAUCCACAAGAAGGUCAUGUCUCUGCAGUUCAGCGAGUGCCACACAAAGAUCAGGCACGUGGAUGCUCAUGCCACACUGAGUGAUGGAGUUGUGGUGCAAGUCCUUGGAGAGUUGUCCAACAACGGUCAGCCUAUGAGGAAGUUCAUGCAAACCUUUGUGCUCGCUCCAGAGGGUUCGGUGGCAAACAAGUUCUACGUUCACAACGACAUCUUCUGUUAUGAGGAUGAGGUCUUUGGAGACUCUGAGGCUGAGCUCGAUGAAGAAUCGGAGGAGGAGGUUGAGGAGGAGUCGGAGGAAAGGCGGACAUCCCCUGAACCACUUCAGGAAAGCCCCAACAGCACCACCUACUAUGAGCCUCACCUUGUCCCAAAUGGGAUCGAGGAGCCCAUGGAGGAGCCAGCUGCAGCUCCAGAACCAGAACCAGAGCCUGAACAAGAGCCAACAGUAGAGGAGGUAAAGCUGGAGGGAGAUGAAAAGGUUGUGGAAGAAAUCGAGGAGAAGGCACCUUCACCAACACCUGUAGAGUCUCCACCAAACCCCCAGGAACCUCCCAAGCCUUUCUCCUGGGCUCUGGUGACCAGUAAAAACCUGCCUCCCUCUGGCUCAGUCACCUCCUCUGGAAUCUCUCCACAUGUUGUUAAGGGGACAAGCUCACAGCUCAGAGUCGAGUCCAAGCCCGAGACGCAGACGACCCCUCUUCGUCCCAGAGAUCAGCGCGCACGUGACAGACCCACUUUCACCCAGCGAGUCCCCAGACCUGAUGGUGUUGGAAAUUCAGAGUCACAAACAGGAAAACCACACACGAGUUUUGUGAACAAAGUUGUUGAACGUUUGGCACCUGCAGGUGGUAGAGAUCCAGAAUCGAGCGACGUGGACACCAGGAGGAUUGUACGGUACCCUGACAGCCACCAGCUGUUUGUGGGCAACCUCCCGCAUGACAUCGACGAGAACGAGCUCAAAGAGUUCUUCAUGACGUAUGGAAACGUAGUUGAACUGCGAAUCAACACCAAGGGGGUCGGUGGGAAGUUGCCCAACUUUGGAUUUGUGGUCUUUGAUGACCCCGAUCCUGUCCAAAGAAUCCUGGGGGCCAAGGUAGAAGGGCCCAUCAUGUUUCGGGGGGAGGUGCGUCUCAACGUGGAGGAGAAAAAGACGAGGGCGGUGCGUGAGCGAGAGACUCGUGGUGUGGACGAGCGGCGGGACAUGAGACGUAGCGAUCGGGGCCCCGGAGGUUCACGGAGCAUCGCGGGAAGUGGGAUGAUGCGUGAACGCGAUGGUAGAGGACCACCGCCCCGAGGAGGCAUGGCCCCCAAACCUGGCAUGGGCUCUGGACGAGGCUCCGGUGGAGCGGUGGAGGGGCGCUUCACGCCCCAGCGCCGCUGAGAAGCCCCUGCGGCGUGGACCCAGUGGUGUUCUUCAUCCUGAACUGUGCUCAUAAUGAAAAGAAAUGGUCCUGUACAAAGUCUAUAUUUGGUGUUUCUUUUCUUUCUUCUUUGCUUUGGAAUGUGACGGCCUGUUAAGUUUGUGAACUAGAUGAGCAAACAAAAGAACACGUUGCUUAUUAGUUGUGAGCUGAACUUCCUUUUCUUCGGUAUCUCAAGAAUGCAGUCGUCAACUUGUAAUUAAAGACAAAUCACCCAGGACUCUUCUGCCACGUUCAGAGGAACUGCAAUGACUUUGAACUUCAACGGAUCAUUCUGACGGGACUAUCCACCGUGACUCUACGGGGCGUCCUUGAUUGCACUGUGUUGUACUUUUGUUGUUUUGUAGCCCAUUACUGUUGGACAAGAGCGUGAUGCAACGUUUGUGCAGUUCCAGAGGAAUCGCCUGGCUUUGACCCCCCCCUGUGAAAGACCACUGCUUCAACAUUGCAUAAUGCCCCCUCCAAUCUGCACUAACGGGUCCUCGUGUGUUCCGUUCUGUUGGAGACGUGCGCUUUAGGCUGCUGGGACUCUGCGCUCCAACACGGCUCCAGUGCACGUCUCACGACUAAAAGACCAGAAGUCUUGAGCCGCUGCUGGACGGACGAGCAGAUGGACCUUUUCUCUCCUCAUUUGUAAAUCGGUUCGUUUUCUAGACUUUCACCAGAUCACAUGACUCUGGGACGAACAGGAAGUGACAGCGGCUCAGUAUUGUUUUUAUUUUGAUUCCAUUUUUUAAAUUUAAAUUUGACAGCUUUACUGUGACAGGAUGAGCAAACGUUUCCUUUUCUCCUUGUUCUGAGUGGAGUAACAAAUAAAUGUACAGCAAAAAGUUCAGUAUGUUUUGCUUUUUGUGUAUAUUUAAUUUCUAUCUGGUGCCUUCUACUUUACGCUUUGAA